UUCCCACACUGAGCGAUUGGUUGAAAUCAGUUAUCCGUUCGCCUGCUUUCCAUAAUUUUUAUCCAAGCAAGGAGAGACAUGUCACACGAUAUUUUUCAAGCAAAGCAGCCCAAUCAAACGAUGCAAGCAGUAAUAACAAUUCCUUCACAUUCAUAGACUAAAUCUACCAUGGCUUCUUUCGCUUCCACAGCUGUCACUGCAACUCUCAAGCUCCACCCACAAUUCCGAAAAUACCCACCAACCUCCUAUCCCGCCGAAAAGGGUCAAAGCAUUUCUUUACAGAAAAGCUACAGAUUCACUCAUUUGGAUCAAAGCAGGUAUCUGGAUUUUCGGGAAGAACUUUGGUUGACCAAAGAAGGGACAGAAGAGGAGGUGGAACAAUCUUUCUACCUUCCCUUGUUGCAAAAAUGCUUAGAUAAGUGCUCCUAUUCAGACACACAAAUAGUUCAUGGUCAUGUCAUGAAAACAGGUACCCAUGAAGACGUUUUUGUCAUGUCAUUUCUGGUCAACGUUUACGCCAAAUGUGGGAACAUGGAGGGUGCUCGCAGAGUCUUUGACUACAUGCCAAGAAGAAAUGUGAUGACUUGGACCACGUUAAUGGUGGGUUAUGUGCAAAACAUGCAGCCAAAGCAUGCAAUUCAUGUGUUUCAAGAGAUGUUGCAUGAAGGAAGUUACCCUUCUGUUUACACUCUUGCUAUAGCUCUGAAUGCUUGUAGUUCCUUGCACUCUUUUAAGUUAGGGGAUCAGUUUCAUGCUUACCUAGUGAAAUACCAUGUUGACUUUGACACAAGUGUUGGCAAUGCGCUUUGUAGUUUGUACUCUAAAUGUGGCAGGUUGGAAUUUGCUCUGAAAGCAUUUAGGAGAAUCGAGGAAAAAAAUAUUAUUUCUUGGACUUCGGCUGUUUCGGCUUGUGGGGACAAUGGUGAACCAGUGAAGGGUUUAGGACUUUUUGUUGAAAUGGUUUCUGAGGACAUAAAGCCUAAUGAGUUCACUUUAACUAGUGUCUUGAGCCAGUGUUGUGAAACAGUGUCUUUAGGAUUUGGGACUCAGGUUCAUUCUAUGUGCACUAAAUUGGGGUAUGAGUCAAACCUACGGGUUAGGAAUUCUUUGUUGUAUUUGUACCUCAAAGGUGGUUGUGUUGGUGAGGCUCAAAUGUUGUUUAAUGGAAUGGAUUAUAUGAGUUUGGUUACGUGGAAUGCGAUGAUUGCUGGACAUGCACAAAUGAUGGAACUCACAAAGGAUAAUCUUUCUGCUUGUCAAUGUGGGAGUGAAGCACUGAACCUUUUCUCCAAGCUGAAUCGGUCAGGUAUGAAACCUGAUCUGUUUACCUUCUCAAGUGUGUUAAGUGUUUGUAGUAGAAUGGUGGCUUUAGAGCAGGGGGAACAAAUUCAUGCUCAGACUAUCAAAACCGGAUUCUUGUCGGAUGUGGUUGUAGGUACUUCACUGAUUAAUAUGUACAACAAAUGUGGAAGUAUUGAGAGGGCUAGCAAAGCAUUUCUAGAGAUGUCUACUAGAACUAUGAUAUCAUGGACUUCUAUGAUCACAGGUUUUGCACACCAUGGUAUGUCACAACAAGCAUUGCAUCUUUUUGAGGACAUGAGAUUAGCAGGAGUUAGACCAAAUCAGAUCACUUUUGUGGGUGUUUUAGCAGCAUGUAGCCAUGCUGGCAGGGUCAGGGAAGCACUCAACUACUUUGAGAUUAUGAAAAAGGAAUAUAAAAUUAAACCUGUGAUGGACCAUUAUGCUUGCAUGGUUGAUAUGUUUGUGAGGUUAGGUAAGCUGGAGGAAGCUUUCAAUUUCAUUAAGAAAAUGGGUUAUGAGGCUAGUGAGUUUAUAUGGUCGAACUUGAUUGCUGGUUGUGCAAACCAUGGGAAUCUGGAAUUGGGCUGUUGUGCUGCUGAACAAUUACUAAGUCUCAAACCAAAAGAUACAGAGACGUAUGUGGUGUUGUUGAAUAUGUACCUCUCAGCCGGGCGAUUUGAGGAUGUUUCAAGGGUGAGGAAGCUGAUGAAAGAGGAAGAAGUUGGAAAACUGAAGGAUUGGAGCUGGAUUAGCAUCAAAGACACAGUGUAUUCAUUUAGAACAAAUGACAAAGCACACCCACAGUGUUCACUCUUAUGUAAAUCAUUGGAGGAUUUACAUGCCAAAGCCAAGAAUCUUGGAUACGAGAAGCUAGAAAGUAUAGAAAUAAGUAAUGAAGAGGAGGAAGAAAAGACGUCAUCUUCUACCAUUUAUCACAGCGAGAAGCUGGCCAUUACAUUUGGGUUGGAGAACUUGCCAAAUUCUUCACCAAUAAGAGUUGUGAAAAAUACCUCAAUAUGCAGAGAUUGCCAUAAUUUUAUUAAGUACAUCUCAACACUGACUGGUAGGGAAAUCAUUGUUAAAGAUAGUAAGCGGCUUCACAGAUUUGUCAAUGGGCAAUGCUCAUGUGGAAAUUUUGGUGGCUUUCUCUAAAAUCCUAUUAGCAGCAGCUAAAAGUUCGGGAGUUAGCAAUCAAAAGCUGACCAUCAAAAUCUGAUACAUUUUUUUACACAUCUCUACACUUAUUAAUAUAACACGUUACUUAUAAUGAUGGGUUUCAAAUUGUGAUUAUAGCUUCCCAAAAAGCUUAGAGCAAGUAUUACUGGAUCACACACAAAACCGUUAACGUGUAAUAAGUAAUGUACAUCUUGCCCGCAGAACAUGUAGAACAUUGAAUUUCGCAAGUUUGACUGAAGUUUC